AUGGCCGGCUUCUUCAGGCGCAUCUACGAUUGGCUGUUGCGCCUGUUCUGGGCGACCGAGAUGGACAUCACCAUGAUCGGCUUGCAAAACGCCGGCAAGACGUCGUUGUUGCGAGUUCUGGCGGGCGGCGAGUUUACCAUCGACUCGAUUCCCACCGUGGGGUUCAACAUGAAGCGAGUCCAGAAGGGCCAUGUGACCCUGAAGUGUUGGGAUCUUGGUGGUCAGCCCAGGUUUCGGUCGAUGUGGGAGCGGUACUGCCGCGGCGUGAACGCCAUCGUAUUCAUCGUGGACUCGGCCGACAAGGACGCGCUUCCCGUCGCCCGCGAGGAGCUCCAGUUGCUGCUGGAAAAGCCGGCCUUGGAGGGCAUUCCGCUGCUCGUGCUUGGCAACAAGUCCGACCUUCCGGACAAGGUCUCGGUCGAUGAGCUGAUCGAGGCGCUGAACCUGCGCUCCGUGUCGCACCGGGAGGUGAGCUGCUACGGCAUCAGCGCAAAAGAGGAGACCAAUCUGGACGCUGUUCUGCAGUGGCUGAUUGCGCGGUCGAGCAAAUAA